GAUCUAUCGAGCUGCACAUUCCAGUGGCCACGAAGAUGCAAUGUGAAGAAGAGGAGGGAGAUGAUGGUGUUCAAGCUCAAGCUGGUGACGCAGGUCAAGGAAAAAAUGAAGAAACCACGGGUCGUUGCCUCCCUUCGCUCCACACAUUGCCAGCUGCUAUCCGAGCUCUCGUCG